AUGGUGAACUUCACCAUUGAAGAGAUUCGUGGUCUCAUGGACCGGCCCACGAACAUCCGUAACAUGUCGGUCAUUGCCCACGUCGACCACGGCAAGUCGACGCUUUCCGACUCGCUCGUGUCCAAGGCGGGUAUCAUUGCCAGCGCCAAGGCCGGCGACAUGCGUUUUAUGGACACUCGCGACGACGAGAAGGAGCGUGGUAUUACGAUCAAGUCCACUGCCAUCUCCAUGUACUUUCCCCUCCCCAAGGAAGGGCUCAGCGCGAUUAAGCAGCCGACCAACGGCAACGAGUUCUUGAUCAACCUGAUCGACUCCCCUGGUCACGUCGACUUUUCUUCCGAGGUCACCGCUGCCCUCCGUGUUACGGACGGUGCCCUUGUUGUGGUCGACGCCAUUGAGGGUGUGUGUGUGCAGACCGAGACUGUGCUGCGCCAGGCACUUGGUGAGCGUAUCAAGCCCGUUGUCUGCUUGAACAAGGUCGACCGUGCGCUGCUCGAGCUGCAGGUUGGCAAGGAAGACCUCUACCAGUCUUUCUCGCGUACCAUUGAGUCGGUAAACGUCGUGAUUGCCACGUACAACGACCCCGUGCUCGGCGAGACGCAGGUGUACCCCGAGAACGGCACUGUGGCCUUUGCCUCGGGCCUCCACGGCUGGGCGUUUACCCUCCGUCAAUUUGCCGCACGCUACUCCAAGAAGUUUGGUGUGGACAAGGAGAAGAUGAUGGCCAAGCUGUGGGGAGACAACUUCUUCAACCCCAAGACGAAAAAGUGGACCACCAAGGACGUGGACGCGGACGGGAAGCCGCUCGAGCGCGCUUUUAACAUGUUUAUUCUCGACCCGAUCUACCGCAUCUUUGAGUCGAUUAUGAACUUUAAGAAGGACGACACGAACAAGCUUUUGGAAAAGCUCGAGAUUGUGCUCACCACCGACGAAAAAGACCUCGAGGGCAAAGCGCUCCUCAAGGUUGUCAUGCGCAAGUUUUUGCCCGCCGGCGAUGCACUGCUCGAGAUGGUUGUGAUCAACCUUCCCUCGCCCGUUACUGCACAGCGCUACCGUGUCGAGACGCUCUACGAGGGCCCCAUGGAUGACGAGAGUGCGAUUGGUAUCCGCGACUGUGACCCCAACGGCCCGCUGAUGCUCUACGUCUCCAAGAUGGUGCCGACCUCGGACAAGGGCCGCUUUUACGCCUUUGGCCGUAUCUUCUCCGGUACCGUCCGCUCCGGCCCCAAGAUCCGUAUCCAGGGCCCGAACUACACGCCCGGCAAGAAGGACGACCUUUUCGUCAAGUCCAUCCAACGCACUGUGCUCAUGAUGGGCCGCUACAUUGAGCCCAUUGAGGACUGCCCCGCGGGCAACAUUCUCGGUCUCGUCGGUGUCGACCAGUUCUUGCUCAAGUCGGGUACGCUUACCUCCUCCGAGACUGCGCACAACAUGCGAGUCAUGAAGUUCUCCGUCUCGCCCGUCGUGCAGGUCGCCGUCGAGGUCAAGAACGCCAACGACCUGCCCAAGCUGGUCGAGGGUCUCAAGCGUCUCUCCAAGUCGGACCCCUGUGUCCAGUCCUGGAUUGCCGAGACCGGCGAGCACAUUGUCGCGGGCGCCGGUGAGCUGCAUCUCGAGAUUUGCCUCAACGACCUCCAGAACGACCACGCCGGUGUCCCGCUCAAGAUCUCGGACCCCGUCGUGGGCUACCGCGAGACUGUCCAGGCCGAGUCGAGCAUGACUGCCCUCUCCAAGUCGCAGAACAAACACAACCGUCUUUACGUCACUGCCAUGCCCAUGGAGGAGGAUUUGAACCGCGAGAUUGAGUCCGGCGCGAUCAACCCGCGCGACGAUGUCAAGAUACGUGCGCGCCACCUCGCCGACAAGUACGGCUGGGACGUGACCGACGCACGUAAGAUUUGGUGCUUUGGUCCGGAGACGACAGGACCGAAUUUGCUGGUCGAUGUCAGCAAGGGUGUGCAGUACCUCAACGAAAUCAAGGACUCGUGUGUCGCCGCCUUCCAGUGGGUCACCAAGGAGGGCUGCUGUGCCGAGGAGCCCGUUCGUGGCGUGCGCUACAACAUCCUCGAUGUCACGCUCCACACCGACGCAAUCCACCGCGGCGGUGGCCAGAUUAUCCCGACUGCGCGCCGUGUGUGCAACGCCGCAGCGAUGCUUGCCGACCCUGGUCUCCAGGAGCCCAUGUACCUUGUCGAGAUCCAGUGCCCCGAGUCUGGUCUCGGUGGCAUUUACUCCACGCUCAACAAGCGCCGUGGCCAAGUCUUUAGCGAGGAGCCGCGUGUCGGUACGCCGAUGGUCACCGUCAAGGCCUACCUUCCCGUCAUGGAGUCGUUUGGCUUCAACGGUGACUUGCGUCAGGCAACAGGUGGCCAGGCAUUCCCCCAGAGUGUCUUUGACCACUGGGCGGUGAUGAACGGUAUUGCGAACGACAAGUCUGGCAAGCUCUACGAGCUCGUCAAGGCGCUGCGUAUUCGCAAGGGCCUCAAGGAGGACGUCCCGGAGCUGAGCGCGUACUACGACAAGCUCUAA